AGAUUUGAGGCAUUUUAUUGUGAAAUCAUAUUUUCUUACAGUAUAUCCCAAACACACUGUAUUUCUAUGAAAACAAUAAAUAAAUGCAUUUCUAAUGACAUAAUGAGUGACUGAAUGCAUGUAUUGACCGCAAGUGUGACCCAAAGCACGGCUAUUGUGAACACAUUAAUGCCAUUCACAUGGACUGCACGCCAGUGAUGGCCACAAAUCGCCGCCUCUUUCGCCACUGUUUAUGAGAUUUACAACAAAAACAUUCAAUUGUUUUGAAUUCAAAGGUUUUAUUAAUUGCGAUAUUUUAGACAUAUUUUGCAAAUGAUAUGGAAAUUGAGAGUCAAUUGAAGUGCGAAACAAACCAUAGUUUGGAGAAAAUGUACGAAAAUAUCGGCGAUUAUGACGUGAAUAGUGGCCAUCAUUUGCAGCCAUUGAUGGACAUCAGCACCGCAUGUGAUCUUAAAGACACACAUAUGGCACAGACAGCACAUCCACACUCAUCCACGUUCACCACCAACUAUGACAACAGCGACUCGUGUGCGGCUCCCACUCAACCCGAAGACCCGGAUAGCAUGGGCUCGACUGCCGGCCCACAGACUACCGGUGCUGUGAGAGACCGGUUCUGUUGGGUGUGUCAUAAAGACAAGAGUAAUAUUGUCUGCAAACAGUGUCCCCGUAGUUAUCAUCUCAAGUGUAUUCCCGCCAACACUUCCUCCUCAGCUAAUAACGCCAUAAGUGAUACGAAAAGCAAGACUAACGGCAAGUCCUUUGACUCCUGGGUUUGUGUCGAGUGUAAAGACGUUCUCAAAGAAGAGGCAGAUUUGACGCCAUCCCCGGACGGCACCGACGACUCGCCCCCACCCGUCAAGUCACGGUUGGCGCAGAUGUCGGCCGAAGAGAUGUCCCAACUGUUGACGUUUGCGUUGCAGACGAUCCGUCAGUCGGCGGACCCGACGUUUCACAAACCCGUCUCUCCCAUCGUGUUCCCCGAUUACCACCAAUUAGUCCACUAUCCCAUGGAUCUGUCCACCAUUGACAGGAAUAUCAAGAACCACUGGUAUAGGUCUCAGGCGGCCUUUCUGGCGGACAUCAAAUGGAUUGUCCACAACUGCAUUAUCUAUAACCACAGCAAUCAUCCGUUGACCACAAACGCUAAGUACUUGUCUCGAGUGGCGAAGAACGAGAUGGUCGAGAUGGAGAUCUGUCCGGACUGUUUCCGCAACUUCUACACCAUCACCGACACCUCGUUCGCCGAACCCUGCCGUCGACCGCAUCAGUUGGUCUUCGCCAGAGUCAAGGGUUACCCCUUAUGGCCCGCGAAGAUUGUCCGACACAAUGGCGGCAAACAAAACGAAGUCGACUGUCGCUUCUUCGGCACUCAUGACCGCGCUUGGGUGACAGCAGACUCGUGUUGGUUGGUAUCGGAAGUACAUCCCGGUUCCAAACCUAACAAAACCCAUAAAUCUAAGUUCGAGAGUGCAAUGAGGGAACUGGCCGUUCAUAUCGACAGAUUGAACGCCAAAUUUGCCGAUAAGUUUAAAUACUCGCCACAAAAGACUCCUCUCACGAGUGAUAAAGUGUUGGAUGAAUUCAAGUCUGAAAUUAAGAUAAGCAAUGAGUCGACGAUUCUAUUGAAUAAAAACACGAAAACAAAUGUACAGAACAAAGAGGACGUGAAGGCGUGCGCCCGCACCGCACGGGUAGGUAAACGAAACGUAGCCGAAGCUCUUCGCGCGAGUAAAAUACUGCGAACCACUUCCUCGUCAUCGACCUCAUCCUCUGCCUCCACCUCUCCAUCACAUCGAAUGCAAUCCAAUCAGAGUUCACUCCUCGCGAACAACUCCCACCCGAUUGUGUCGUCGAACUCGUCGGCCAAUACGAAGCCGAAGACGCCAUCCAUUUCCCAACAGUUGGUCUCAACGCAGACCAAUAACCUGAGGGAAGAGUUGGAGCGCCUGAAGAAGCAGAUGAGCUUCGAUAACGCUAUGCAUAAGCAGGAGAUCCGCGAA